AUGCCUUCCCGCCUCCUCCUCCAGCAGCCGCUCCCGCCGCCCGCGCCGCCGCCGCCUCCCGUGCCCGCCGGGAACCACCACCGCCUCCGCCGCGCCCUCCUCGCCGGCAUCGCCGCCUCCGCGGCGGUCGCGGCGGCGCUGCUGCUCCUGCUCGCCCUCGUCCUCCUCCACCGGCGCCGGCGCCGGCGGCAUCCCACGCUCCCCUUCUCCCCGCCGCCGGACCCGGCGCGCCCGCUCCGCCGCUACUCCCGCCGCGCGCUCCGCCGCGCCACGGGCGGGUUCCACCCGUCCCGCCUCCUCGGCCGCGGCGCCGCCUCGCCCGUCUACCUCGCCACCUUCCCGGACGCCUCGCUCGCCGCCGUUAAGACGUGCGCGUCGCCGCACGAGCUCCACCUCCUCGCAUCGCUCCCGGACUCCCCGCGCCUCGUCUCGCUACUUGGGUACUGCCCCAGCUCGGGCUCGGGCUCCGGCUCCGGCGCCUGCGGCGGCGCCGCCGCGGCCGAGCGCCCGCUCCUCCUCGUCUUCGAAUACAUGCCUCAGGGUUCCCUCCAGGGCGCGCUCUUCGGAGGCGGCGGUGACGCCGCCGCCACCCGCGACGCGCAGUUCCUGGACUGGCCCAAGCGGCUCGCCGUCAUCCGCGACGUGGCGCGCGCGCUCGCGUUCCUCCACGCCGAGUGCCGGCCGCCCGUCGUGCACGGCGACCUCAAGCCCAGCAACGUCCUCCUCGACGCCGACUUCUGCGCCAAGCUCGCCGACUUCGGCCUCGCGCGCUUCAAGACCCCCGACGCCGUCGCCGCGCCCGGCGCGGCUGGGGACGACUUCAUGAGCCAGGAGCUCGGCGAGGCCGGCGACCACCUCUCCACCACCUCCGCUGCCGGCGGCGCCAAGACGGAUACCAAGGACGAGUCUGGCCCGGCUAGCGCCUGGGGGAAGGAGUGGUGGUGGAAGCAGGACGGCAGCGGCGAGCUUGACUCGAGGGAUUACGUCGCCGAGUGGAUUGGCAGCCAAAUCUGCCCGGAGCGGAACCCGGAUUGGGCCGAUGAGAACGACGCCAACGAUCACAAGAAUUCGCCCUCCAGGACGGACGAACACGCCGUGUCAGCCUCGCCGGAGGAAAAGAAGAACGCCGAUUGCAACGGCAAUGUCGACGGCUCUAAGAAGGAGGCGACAAAGAUGAGGGAGUGGUGGAAAGAGGAGUUCUUUGAGGAGAUGAGCAAGAAGGGGCCCAGCUUCGACAAGCGCCGCGGCGGCAGCAAGCCGUGGCUCCGCUCGAUCAGCAUGAACACCGGCAACGGCGACAGCAAUGUCGAGCCGAGCGCUCUGGACCUCAGCUUCCGAAGAAGCCGGAAGCGGAGCCGGCGGCGCGGCCGGUCAGUGGGCAGCGACAUCCACAGCGGGUGCGGCGGGGACUUUCUCAGCCGGGAGCUGAGCAGCACGACGAGCAUGCGCGGCACGGUGUGCUACGUCGCGCCGGAGUGGGGCGGCGGGCCGUGCGAGCACGGCAGCGAGUUGCUCGAGAAGGCUGACGUGUACAGCUUCGGCGUGCUCGUGCUGGUGAUCCUGUCCGGCAGGCGGCCGCUGCACAUCCUGUCGUCGCCGAUGAAGCUGGAGAAAGCCAACCUGGUGAGCUGGUGCCGCCAGCUGGCGCGCGCCGGGAACGUGCUCGAGCUCAUGGACGAGAGGCUGGACGGCCGCUACGACAGGGACCAGGCCACGCAAUGCGUGCAGCUCGCGCUGCUCUGCCUGCAGCGGCAGCCAGAGCUCCGGCCGGACAGCACUGACAUUGUCAAGAUCCUGGACGGCGAGAUGGAGCUGCCGCCCGCGCCGGUGGAGUUCUCGCCGUCGCCCCGCGUGCGGCCGUUCCCGCGGUCGUCGCGCAGGGCAGCACAACCCGAUGCUGCCGAGUGAUGGUACCUCUGCUCCUUGCGAAUUUGCCGUUUGGAGAUCAUUGAGCAUUGACAAAAUUCAUGGUGUUGCGUUGAUUGUUUUUGUAUAUAGGAGCCAUUCAUCUUCCCCUAAACUAACACUGAAAUCAUUCUAUGCCAGUUUCAAAAUUCGAUCCUGCAUCUUGCAGAAAUCAACAUAAUCCUCUAGGACCCAAUUGUUCAUAUCUUUGCCAAAGACUUGGAAACUUGCAGUGUCAUGUUGAUGACUUACUCCUGAUUUUAUAACAAUGAGUUCUUGUCGUCUUCUUUUACACAA